UCAUUAUCAGCAUUUCUUAAAACGGUUGUGGAAAAAGAUGACAAAGACGUGAAAGCUAUGCCACUCAGUAACAAUACUGUUAGCAGUAGAAUAGACGAAAUGAGUGAAGAUAUUGAAAUACAACAUGUUGAAAAGCUGAAAAAUAAAAUCUCAGUGCAA